AUGCCGACAUUCGAUCUUGGCCAGUCGAUCCCCCCCGAUACAGCACAUGCCGUGAGUGUGUCUUUGCCUACAUGGAAGGACAAUAUCGGCUAUGAGGAGGGCGAGAAAUGGGUUAUCGACAAGUUGACAACAGGCUACCCAAGAUUUUUCGUUCACAGGAGCAUCGAGGCCCUCGCUGAGGCUGUUGUGCAGACUCAUGGACGCCCUGGCCAGCGAGCCAUGCUAUUUCCCAGCCCAGCAGCCGCCAGACGGUGUGUUGACUUUAUGUGCCGACACGGCGACGUUUCGCUGAAGUCCGCACUGCAAGUCGUUGAUCUCGGCCUCGAUGCUUCUCAAGACAUUUCGAACCAGCUCAAAGCCCUGUCUCCCACCAUAUCUGGCGUUAUAUGUCCAGCAGAAUCGUACGCUCUGGCCAAGCAAUACUGGCAACAUUCUGGGGAUGGUGUCUCUAGUCGCCGGGCCGAAUUUUGCCAUGGCUUACUCCGCGAGGGCCUCCUUUGCCCCGCGUCCCGACCAAGUUCACCGGAAAACAACCAGCAAAAGACAUGCAGGGGGCCCAGGAGGUAUCAGCGCGGAUCCGUCGAUAUGAAGACACCACCUGUGGCGAACGGCAGUCCUCACACGACGCCGGACAAGGACAGGAACGGAACGGCCGAGUCUGUCGAGAGCAUGCGGUUUCUCGAGGAGCGCUUCGGCCGGAACCUGGACCUGUCGUUCGUCGAACGUGCCAAGUCAGCCAUUCGCAGAAGAAUCGCAGGCGCAAUGGCCGCCGAUCUCGAGUCGAGCGUCACGUCAUUGCCACCCAUGACGACCAACGCCAGGGGUCUCUCUGAGCUGCAGGAAAGCGACGUCUAUCUUUUCCCCUGUGGUAUGAACGCCAUUUUCAACGCCCACCGAGCCAUGCUCCGUGCGAGGGGUGAUCUGGAGAGCAUAAGUUUUGGUUUCCCUUACGUCGACACCUUGAAGAUCCUGCAAAAGUUCGGGCCAGGAUGCCGCUUCUACGGUCAUGCUUCCUCGGAAGACCUGGACGACUUGGAAAAUCGGCUGGAGAACGGAGAGCGUUUCCUAGCCUUGUUCUGCGAGUUUCCGGCCAAUCCGCUUCUGUCGUGUCCAGACCUGGUGCGCAUCCGGCAACUCGCCGACAAGUACGAUUUCGGUGUCGUUGUGGAUGAAACGGUCGGAACAUUUGUCAAUGUCGAGGUGGUCAAGUUUGCGGACAUUGUCGUCAGCAGUCUGACCAAGAUCUUUUCUGGUGACUGCAACGUCAUGGGAGGCAGCGCCAUUCUGAACCCGGCAAGCCGAUACUACGCCGCGCUGCGUGAGGCCUACGCGCAAAACUUUGAAGACACCUACUGGCCAGAAGACGUUGUGUUCAUGGAGAGGAACAGCCGCGACUUCCACUCUCGCAUCGAGAGGACGAAUAUGAACUCGGAGGCCCUAUGCGACAUCCUCUCGGCCAGCCGUCUCGUCAAGCGCGUCUACUACCCCAAGGUGAACCCAACACGCGCCAACUAUGAGGCAUGCAGACUCCCCGAUGGCGGCUACGGUGCGCUGCUGUCUGUCACGUUUCAUCGUCGGGAGUGCGCCAUGGCCUUCUUCGAUGCCGUUGAGACUGCGAAAGGGCCGAGUCUCGGGACCAACUUCACUCUGACCUCGCCCUACGUCCUACUCGCCCACUACCAGGAGCUGGAAUGGGCUGCCCAGUUCGGUGUUGACCCGGACCUGAUCCGUGUCAGUGUGGGAUUGGAGGGAACCGAGGAGCUCAAAUCAAUCUUUAUGCGGGCUCUGGAAGUUGCCAACAAUGUAAAGAAAACCGAGUAG